UGGCCUACUUCACCGCGUCCCAAACGCGUAAGGCAGCAAAUUUCCCACCUUAUAAUAUAAAAUAUAACCAAAAUUUAUUACUCGUGAUUACAAAUAUCCAACAGCUGAAAACCAAACCCAAGUAAAUUGCAUAAGUAGCCUUUGACCCCUAAAAACCAGGACGAUUCAUCUCUCUACAGUCGAGUAAACCCCAGACCGUUAUUCCCCCCUCGCAAGUAAUGCAACCAAUUUCGGAUCCUCUUUUCCUUCUACCUUCCAUUUUUCUUUGUCCAUUUCCUAACCCCAAAAUCUCAAGCAAAAAUCAGAGAGAGGACGGAUUACGUAUAUAAUCCCAGAUAAUGCGAUUUACUUUAUUCUUCUCAGCUAACCCUUCUUUUUAAUUUAUUCACAGAAGCAUGUCAAAACUUCCUACCUAGUCGCUCUUCUUCUUCUUCGUACAUAUUAUGUAUUUGUUGUGAAGUUGCCUGCCUUUUUGGACCGAAGCCUUUUUCGAUUCAAUUUCCGAACGUUUGAAAUCAUAUUAAUAUACAGCGAGGGAAAUGCGACUUUGGUUGUAGAUACAACAGCAAGAAGAAUAAGGAGAAGGAAAAGUAUAAACAGGAAUUGGGUGAGUGGAAAGCAUAGAAAUUGGAAAUGGUGGUGGAGAAGUAUCUGAACGAGAAUUUUGGGGAAGUGAAGGCGAAGCACUCGUCGGAGGAAGUGCUUCAGAAAUGGAGGAACCUAUGUUUCCUGGUGAAGAACCCGAAGCGAAGGUUUCGGUUCACUGCCAAUCUUUCCAAGCGUCACGAAGCAGCUGCUAUGCGCAAUACUAAUCGUACUAAUCAGGAAAAGUUAAGGAUUGCUGUUUUGGUUUCCAAAGCUGCAGUUCAAUUUACUCUUGGUAAGUUUCUCCGACGUUCAUAUCAAUUUAGAUUAUGUUAUUUGAAAAGAUUUUCCAAUCUGACUAUUGUGAUGUCUGCAGGAGCUGCAGGGCAGCCAAGCGACUACAAAGUACCUGAGGAAGUUAAAGCUGCAGGUUUUCAGAUUUGUGGUGAUGAAUUGGGAUCUCUUGUGGAACAUCAUGACUUGAAGAAGCUAAACUUUCAUGGUGGAGUAGUUGGUAUUGCAGAAAAGCUCUCCACUUCAACCAACAAUGGACUGACUACUGAUAGUGAUAGUGAUUUAAAUCAUAGACAAGAGAUCUAUGGCAUCAAUAAAUUUACUGAGAGUGAAGGACGGAGUUUCUUGGUAUUUGUUUGGGAAGCCCUUCAAGACAUGACUCUUAUGAUCCUCGGCGUGUGUGCUUUCGUGUCUUUGAUUGUCGGCAUAACUAUGGAAGGAUGGCCGAAAGGGGCCCAUGAUGGCCUUGGGAUUGUCUCAAGCAUCUUGUUGGUGGUCUUUGUCACUGCAACAAGUGAUUAUCGUCAAUCUCUACAGUUCAAGGAUUUGGACAAGGAGAAACAGAAGAUUGCUAUUCAGGUUACAAGAAAUGGAUACAGGCAGAAAAUGUCGAUAUAUGAUUUACUUCCUGGGGAUAUUGUACAUCUUGCCAUUGGGGACCAAGUCCCUGCAGAUGGGCUUUUUAUUUCAGGAUUUUCUGUGUUAAUUGAUGAAUCAAGUUUAACUGGGGAGAGUGAGCCGGUAAUGGUAAGUGCUGAAAAUCCUUUUCUUCUCUCUGGUACUAAGGUUCAAGAUGGAUCAUGCAAGAUGAUGGUAACUACUGUUGGGAUGAGGACCCAAUGGGGUAAAUUGAUGGCAACUCUUAGUGAAGGUGGAGAUGACGAAACCCCAUUGCAGGUGAAAUUGAAUGGGGUGGCAACCAUUAUAGGUAAGAUAGGUCUUUUCUUUGCGGUUGUGACUUUUGCAGUUUUAGUGCAAGGAUUGCUAAACCGUAAAUGGCAAGAGGGAAGUCAUUGGAGGUGGUCUGGAGAUGAAGCAUUGGAAAUGUUGGAAUAUUUUGCCGUUGCAGUUACAAUUGUUGUCGUUGCUGUUCCAGAGGGGCUGCCGUUAGCUGUUACAUUGAGCCUUGCCUUUGCCAUGAAGAAAAUGAUGAAUGAUAAAGCACUCGUGCGCCAUUUGGCAGCUUGUGAGACUAUGGGAUCAGCAACAAGCAUUUGUAGUGACAAAACUGGGACACUAACUACCAACCACAUGACUGUCGUGAAAUCAUGCAUUUGCUUUAACGUCAAGGAAGUGAGUAAACCCAAUGAUGCUUCUAGCUUGUGCUUUGACUUGCCAGAUUCUGCUUUGAAACUUCUUCUACAAUCAAUAUUUAACAACACGGGGGGAGAAGUCGUGGUUAAUAAAGAUGGCAAAUCUGAGAUACUAGGAACACCGACUGAUACUGCUUUAUUGGAGUUUGGCUUGUCACUUGGUGGGGAUUUUCAAUCUGAGAGACAAGCAUCUAAACUUGUUAAAGUCGAGCCAUUCAACUCUGUGAAGAAAAAGAUGGGGGUAGUGUUGGCGCUUCCUGGAGGAGGGUUUCGGGCCCACUGUAAAGGUGCUUCAGAGAUAAUUUUGGCUACCUGUGACAAGGUGAUCAAUGUGAAUGGUGAGAUUGUUCCCCUAGAUAUAUCAUCCAUUAACCUUCUUACAGACACAAUCAAUCAAUUUGCUAGUGAGGCUCUUCGAACUCUCUGUCUUGCCUAUAUGGAACUGGAAAAUGGAUUCUCUUCAGAUAAGCCAAUCCCAGUUUCCGGCUAUACUUGCAUAGGAAUAGUGGGAAUUAAAGAUCCUGUCCGUCCUGGUGUUAAGGAGUCUGUUGCGGUUUGCCGUUCAGCUGGAAUUACUGUACGGAUGGUUACUGGAGACAAUAUUAAUACUGCAAAGGCUAUAGCUCGGGAGUGCGGAAUUCUCACAGAUGGUAUAGCCAUUGAGGGUCCUGACUUCCGGGAGAAGAGUCAGGAGGAAUUGCUAGAACUAAUUCCUAAAAUUCAGGUGAUGGCUCGAUCUUCACCGCUAGACAAGCAUACUCUGGUGAAGCACUUGCGUACUUCAUUUGGUGAGGUUGUUGCUGUAACCGGUGAUGGAACAAACGAUGCCCCAGCACUUCAUGAAGCAGAUAUUGGGCUAGCAAUGGGCAUUGCUGGAACUGAGGUGGCUAAAGAGAGUGCUGAUGUGAUAAUUCUGGAUGAUAAUUUCUCCACAAUUGUGACAGUAGCCAAAUGGGGACGAUCAGUUUACGUAAAUAUCCAAAAAUUUGUACAGUUUCAGCUUACAGUUAAUGUGGUUGCAUUGAUUGUCAACUUCUCUUCAGCUUGUCUGACAGGGACUGCUCCUCUCACAGCUGUUCAGCUAUUGUGGGUCAACAUGAUCAUGGAUACGCUGGGAGCACUUGCACUUGCAACUGAGCCCCCAAAUAAUGAUUUAAUGAAACGUUCACCAGUUGGAAGGAAAGGGAACUUCAUCAGUAAUGUCAUGUGGAGGAAUAUAUUAGGGCAAUCGGUGUACCAAUUUUUGGUGAUAUGGUUGCUUCAGACAAAGGGAGAAGCAAUAUUCCUUCUUGAAGGCCCAGAUUCUGAUCUGAUCCUGAACACGCUUAUUUUCAACACGUUUGUCUUUUGCCAGGUUUUUAAUGAGAUAAGCUCCCGGGAGAUGGAGGAAAUAAAUGUUUUCAAAGGCAUACUAAAUAAUUAUGUUUUUGUGGUCGUCAUUGGUUGCACUGCUCUCUUCCAAAUCAUAAUUGUAGAGUUCCUGGGCACAUUUGCAAACACAUCGCCUCUCACUUUACCCCAAUGGUUUCUGAGUAUUGUGUUUGGAUUUUUGGGCAUGCCGGUUGCUGCUGCCUUAAAGAUGAUCCCUGUUUGAGACACAAUGGGUGACAGAUGCUAGUCUUUAAAUUACGAGUUUUGCUACAUACAAGUGCAAUUGCGCACUAAUCUGUGUACCAAUACUGAUUUAUUCAUACUUAAGAUUUAAAUUAACACUGUUAUCAAUAAAAUCUACUUUUUGACCAAUCA